AGAAAGAAGUGGGCGACCGAAAUAUGAAUUAAUAGAGUGGCAGUAACCAUAAUUAAGAGAGGUUUUUAAAUUGCAGUUGCAUGUUAUAUUGUAUAUAAGCUUUACAUGGAUACUUUGUUUUGGUUAUUUGUCGUAUAAAUACUUUCAAUUAAGAAUGAUGACUUCAAGUGUUAUGUUAGCUUUGUUAUUCAUCUUUUAUUACAAUUAUUUCUUCAGCAUUUAUAAGGUUAAUUCACAAGUAAAUUCUCCUGUAUAUACUGUAGUUGCUCCUUCAAAAUUAAGGCCUGAUAUUGUGUAUCAUGUUAGCAUUACACUUCAUGAUGCACCAUCUGCAGUGGAUUUUAAUGUCAAAAUAUAUGGAGUUUCUGAAGGUCAAAUUCCUGUGAAUACUUUGAAAAAUGUCCAUGUUGAACCAAAACAAACUGAAAUGGUGGACUUUCAACUGUUUGACUGGAAGCCUGGCAAUUACACUUUAGAGGUAACUAGUGAAGGUGGAAUUGCCAUUCAGAAUUCCACGAAACUUAUCUUUGAGCAUAAGAGUCAUUCAGUUUUUAUCCAGACUGACAGAGCUGUAUACAAACCAGGCCAGUUAGUUCAGUUCAGAGUUAUUGUAGUAGAUCCAUACCUUCUUCCAAGAUCAAAUAGAUUUCCUAUUGAAUUACUGAUAAAAGAUGCACAUGGAAAUGGUAUUCAAGAAUGGAAAAAUGUAAUUAUCAACAAUGGUGUCGCAUCUGCUGAAUUUAAACUUGCAGAUCGUCCAGUUUUUGGUGAUUGGUCUGUGCAUGUUGAUAUUGAGGGUCAGAAAUUUCAGAAGCCAUUUACAGUUGCAGAAUUUAUUUUGCCAACAUAUGAAGUUCAUAUUGAGUUACCGUCAUAUGCAACUUACAAUAAUUCAUAUGUUACUAUUAUUGUAAAAGCAAUGUAUUCUUAUGGGAAAGCUGUCAAAGGAGAGCUUACUUUGACUAUUGCACCUCGUACAAGGUACAACAAAUUAACUGUACGACCAUAUGAAUCAUUUCAAACUAAAGUCAGGAUUGAUGGUACUGUCACAGUUCCUUUGAAUCUACUUGAAGAUUUAAACUUGAGAACUGAUUUUUUCAAGAGGGAGAUUGAAUUCUUUGCUCUUGUAGAAGAAGAAGAAACUGGUCAUAAAUAUAAUUCUACAAACACAAUGUGGAUAUAUGACAAAGAAAUCAAAAUAGAACUUAUUAGAACUUCAGAAACUUUUAAGCCUGGAUUAAAAUAUACUGCUUUUCUGAAAGUUGCCAAACAAGAUGACACUCCUGCUUCUGAUGGUAACAGACAGUUAGAAUUAAAGUAUGGCUACACUGUGCGUGAACAAGAAUGGCGAACAGCAUUUUAUACUGUUCCCAGAAAUGGACUUGUGAAGCUUGAGUUUUUACCCCCAAAUGAACCAGAUGUGACAUUCUUGAACAUGAGAGCAGUUUUCCAAGGUCAGACGUAUUAUUUGGAUAGAAUAGAUGCUGCUCUUUCACCAAGUAAUAAUUUUAUUCAAGUUUCUCUCAUAACUCAAAAUCCGAAAGUUCAGCAGAAUAUCGAGAUGGAAGUAAAUGCUACUGAGCCUAUAAAUCAUCUUGUUUAUAAGGUCAUUGGAAGAGGCAAUAUAGAAAUUGCCAGAACAAUUCCUGUUCCUAAUCAGAAAGUUUACCGUUUUAAUUUUAAAGCGCCUGGUGCUAUGGCACCUAGAGCUCGAGUUCUCGUUUAUUACAUCAGGAGUACAAACCAUGAGGUUGUUGCUGAUUCUGUAAGCUUUGAUGUAGAUGGCUUGUUCAAGACAUCUAUUACUGUAAGCACUAAUGUGAAAGAAACACAACCUGGUCGUUCCAUCAACAUUCGAUUACAGUCUUCUCCUAAUGUUUUAGUUGGAAUUUUAGGAGUUGAUCAGGGUACCUUGAAAUUGAAAUCAGGGAAUGAUAUUACACAAGCUGAGGUUGUGGAAGAUCUGGAAACAUAUGAUGGAGGUCAACUUACAAAAUACAGACCGCCUUGGUAUCGAAGAAGGAAAAAAAGAUCACUUUCUUGGCCUGGAUCUAAAUCUGCUGGCUUUAUAUUUGCGGAUUCUGGUGCUGUGAUAAUGACAAAUGGUUUAUUACCAAAUUCUGGAGAUGAAGAUUUAUUCCGUGAAAAUGUCAUACGCAUUGAUGAAAAUAUUAACAACACACCCAUUCAACCACCAGCUGAGCUUCCUGAAGCUGUAGUUCCUGAAGGACGUCUAGUUAUUAGAAAGCUGUAUCCUGAAACUUGGCUGUGGAUUAAUAUAACAACAGGGAGUGAUGGGACUGCUUCAGUUUCUCAUUCUGUGCCUGAUUUUUUGUCUACAUACAUCAUUACUGCAUUUGCAGUACAUUCUUCAGAUGGCUUAGGUAUUGCUACGUCUCCAUCUCCAAUUACUGUUUAUAGGCCAUUUUUUAUCACUAUGAGUUUGCCAUAUGUAGUUCUCAAAGGAGAAGAAUUGGCUAUACAAGUGGUUGUGUUCAAUUACAAUAAUAAGGCAAUACAGGCUGAAGUAACUAUGGAAAAUAGGAAAAGGGAAUUUCAAUUCAUUGUUGCUGGCAAAGAUGACAUUAAUUUUGCACAACAAGAUCGUCGAACUAAAUAUGUUACAAUUCCUGCAUCUGAUGGUGUUCCAGUAUCCUUUUUAAUUGUGCCAGAAAAAGUUGGUUAUAUAGAAAUCAAGGUAACUGCAUCAUCAUCAUUAGCUGUAGAUUCCAUAACAAAAGCACUUCUUGUUCAGCCUGAAGGUUCUACCCAGUACUUCAAUAAAGCAUUUUUGAUUGAUUUGCGAAAUCCUAAUUCACCUUUAAAAAGAAAUGUUUCAACUACAGUUCCAAGAAAUUCUAUUCCUGAAUCUGGGAAAAUUGUUUUAUCUGCAAGUGGAGACUUGAUGGGACCUUGUAUUAAAUUUAUUAACAAAUUAUUAUACAUGCCAACUGGUUGUGGAGAACAAAACCUCAUGACUGUUGUUCCUCGAAUCAUUGCUUUAGAUUAUUUAUUGAAAACAAAUAGCCUAACAGCAGCUAUGAAGGAUAAAUUAAUUUCUGAUCUUAGAUACGUUAAAUGGUGUGAAAAGCAAUUGGAAAUUAGUCACAGAACAGUUGUAGAUUGGAAUAACUACAUGCGAGAUGUUUGUGUGGAUUCUUUACUUAAAUGUCAACAACACAAAAUAGGAGGACCUGGUAUAAUCAUUGAAGUGGAUGAAA